CACGGGAAGGGGGCGGCGAGAGCUAGCGUGCUGAAGCCUAGAGGCGGGAGAGGGAGGAGAGUCCGCGCAGAGCAGAGGGAGGCGCGCGCUCAGAGCGAACACCCACUUGCAUCCGACCCUGGUGGCGCGGCGCGGGGAGGCAGCAGCUGAGACAGCACCAGGUCAGAGCCUUUGCAUCCCGCCCAGUCUGCCCGCCAGCGCCAGGACCGCUGAGGAUGGAGGAUUCCCGGGAGACUUCGCCUUCCUCCAACAACUCCUCGGAAGAGCUCAGCUCUACCCUGCAACUGUCCAAGGGCAUGUCCAUCUUCCUCGACAUUCUGAGGAGAGCAGACAAAAAUGAUGAUGGAAAAUUGUCCUUUGAGGAAUUUAAAGCAUAUUUUGCAGAUGGAGUUCUCAGUGGAGAAGAACUACAUGAGCUCUUCCACACCAUUGACACACACAAUACCAACAAUCUCGACACAGAAGAACUAUGCGAAUAUUUUUCUCAGCACUUGGGUGAAUAUGAGAAUGUACUGGCCGCACUUGAAGACCUGAAUCUCUCCAUCCUGAAGGCAAUGGGCAAGACAAAGAAAGACUACCAAGAAGCUUCCAAUUUGGAACAAUUUGUCACUCGAUUUUUGUUGAAGGAGACCUUGAAUCAGUUGCAGUCUCUCCAGAACUCUCUGGAAUGUGCCAUGGAAACUACUGAAGAGCAAACGCGUCAAGAAAGGCAAGGACCAUCCAAGCCAGAAGUCCUGUCCAUUCAAUGGCCUGGAAAGCGAUCCAGCCGCCGAGUCCAGAGACACAAUAGUUUCUCCCCCAACAGCCCGCAGUUCAAUGUCAGCAGUCCAGCAUUGUUAGAAGAAGACAACCAGUGGAUGACCCAGAUAAACAGACUCCAGAAAUUAAUUGAUAGACUGGAAAAGAAGGAUCUGAAACUUGAACCCCUGGAAGAAGAAAUUAUUGAAGAGAACACUAAACCUCACAUCAUGCUUGUGCAGCGCCAGAUGUCUGUGACAGAAGAGGAUCUGGAAGAAUUCCAGCUUGCUCUGAAGCACUAUGUGGAGAGUGCUUCAGCUCAAAGUGGAUGCCUGCGUAUCUCUAUACAGAAGCUCUCAAACGAAUCUCGCUACAUGAUUUAUGAGUUCUGGGAGAACAGCAGUGUGUGGAACCGCCACCUCCAGACGAAUUACAGCAAGACGUUCCAAAGAAGCAACGUGGAUUUCUUGGAAACUCCAGAGCUCACAUCUACCAUGCUAGUUCCUGCUUCAUGGUGGAUCCUGAACAACAAUUAGAUGUCCCUACACAAUGUCUUUAUUGUUCCAAGUGUAAGUGUUCUUAUCUGAAACGUAAACUGGGAAGUUCUCUGUGGUCGUCAAUCAGCUGCAUACCUUUGUUCACUGUGUGUUGGCACACUCUUUAAAGUGUAUUCUGCAAAAUUGUUGCUCUUGAUAUUUGAUGGCAAUUGAUCUGCUACAUUGUGAUCAAUCAUUAUAACAAAAUCCAAAUAUAUGAAAAUGGUAUAUAAAUAAAGUAAUAAAAUGUGAUAAUUGUGGUAAAAAUGCUAGGUGAGAACUUCUAAAACAUAGGCCAGGGUUUGUAAACUGGCAGUGUUCUCAACCUUCUGAUUGCUGCGACCCUUUAAUACUUUCCUCAUAUUGUGACAACCCCAACCAUAAAAUUAUUUCAUUGCUACUUCAUAACUGUGAUUUUGCUACUGUUAUGAAUCAUAAUGUAAAUAUCUGAUAUGCAGAAUAUCUGAUAUGCUACCCCCAAAGAAGUUGCAACCCACACAUUGAAACCCACUGCUCUAAAGGAUUACAUUUGUGCUUUGUGACUUUUUUCAGUGACACAUUUUUCUGUGAGAGAAACAUUCUUUUUCCAUAUGGUCCUCCAACUAUUUGCUUUAUAAUUCCUUUAAUAUUAACAUAAAUGCAUAAAACAGCCUAGGCUAUAGCCUAUAGAAGCUCUGUCUAUCUCUCAUGUUGUAAAGUGGUAUUUUACAAGUGAACAAUCUAUAGUAACUUAGGGCAUUUACUAAUGUAAAACCUUUAUUUGUAAGUAUUAUGAUUCUCAUAUAUAAGCUAGACAUUAUUGAGCAAAGAGGAGAGCUUUACUUCAGGGAAAUUAAAGUUUAUGUCAGAAGGCUUUGGUAUGCGACCCAUAUAAAUAGCUAUUCUUAUAAAAAAUGAGCACUUGAAUUUAAAUGAAGAUUUUUAAAUUCAGAACUUUAAAUAGAGUAGAACUUCAACUCAAAUGAAUAAAGAAAUUAAAACAAGCACAAAAGUUUACAACUGAAUACACCUAUUUUGUAAACUUUCCUAAGGCAACUAAGAUAAACUAUCCCCCUUAUCUACUCUUCCCUAGAGGUUCUGCUUAUAGACUCUGCUACAAAAAUACACAUGCAACUACUAUCACGUGAUGCUCUCAUACAAAUGCUUAUAAAUCUCUGAGUCUUAAGGGAAAAUAUACAUAAAAUGUUUUUUAACAGUUGGAAUACCUAGGGAAAUAGAGAGUUUGAAUGAAAAUUUCAUUUCAUAACUAUGAGAUGAGAAUACCAUCUCUAAGUACUUUGUGGAAUAGUUUUGUAUAUUCAAUCCUCAUAAAUCGAUGUAAAAUUUCAUAGCUGUUAGACACUAGCAAUUUUUACACGCACACAUGCACUGCAUUCAGAUUGCAAGGGGGCAAGCAGUAUGAAGCAGAGCUUGCCGCAGCUCUUCUGUCACAGGUGUGCAAGACAAGACAUCACUGGAGUUAUCUGAUGGCUGCUGAGACUUCCUGUCCAUCGUGGGAAAGGGAAGGGGACAGCAGAGCUCUCCUACAGCACAGGGGACGUACUGUGGUCUCUGUGAUAAGCUCUGAAGCGCAGGAGGCUGUAAUCACACAUGCUUCUGGAAAAUCCUGGGAUAAAUGCUUUCACAAUGAGGACUGCAACCAAUCGCAAUGCUGUCCUAACUGGUUCACUUCAUAUCUAACCCAAAAAUUCUAUCAAGUGUUUUGUACACUAGGUAGUUUUUCAAAGUAGGAGUUAGUCUACUGAAAAGUAGAGUAGUCGAACUGAAAAGGGCGCUCUUCCCAGAAACAGAGUUUGGAGAAAGGCCCUCUGGUUACAAAUUUGAAUGAGGUCUGUAAAUAUAUUAAAGUAGAAUCAAAAGGACCUGAGGGAAAACAGCAAAUAAUUAACUUGUAGAACUCUGCUAAUUCUGAUCUCAGCUAUUAUGCAAAUAUGUAUGGUUUAAGUGUGUGUGUGUUAGAUUAUGUAUGAAAAUUCAUACAAUACUGGAUCCUAUGACUAAAAUGAAAAUAGUAGGAGCAGCACACACAAUCACACAAUAGCCCUAUAGAAUGUCUCAUUUUCAAACAAACAAUAAACUUAUGCCUAAUGAAGGGGUAUUUCUCCCUAUUAAAAACCAACCCUUUCUCUGAGAAUCCACGUAAUGAACAAGAGUCUACUGAAAGGCCAAGCUGGGACAUCGACUGUGGACUGAAUGUUAGGAUCUGGGCAAGCAUCCCCACAGCAGCAAGCAAGAGGCACUGGGUUUAGAACUUCACAUUCAGGAAGAGACGACAUUUCUGUGAACUGUGGCCUUGAAUGACCUUCUCGUGAUCCCAAGACACAAAUGAAUAAAAGUAGUGAGCUUAUAUUUACUUACCUUACUGUCUGCAGGAUUUCUGACACAUUAUAUGCAGUUUAUUGCAUUAAAACCCCUAAUAAUUAAAAACUUAAGCCUCUAAAUUCUUUAUGAGGAAUGACGGAAUCGAAACUUAAUUUGCCUCUAUUUGCAGCCUGGAUUUUUCCUCUUUUGGAGUCAAUUUCAAUUUUAUUUCCCCACCGUGUGACUCUCGAUCAUAUAAUCUGAUGAAGAACAUCAAGCUACUUUCCACCUGUUCAUGAGUACCUCUCAAUUACGAACCUUUGCAGAUUGCUCACUGCUAGUAGGUGUGACCGACCCUAAGGCCAUAUUGUUAAGAACCCAGUGAAUCAAUCAUGUUUGUGAAAGCCUCCCCUACCCCUGCCGUUGACAACUAUGCUUUGAAUACCAGAAUCAUUCUGGGCUCUGCAGACAUCAUAGUCCUGGUCAGGUGCUGAUGUACAAUCAGUGGGGAAAAGACCGAGUGACUGACGUUAAGGGCAACAAAAAUUCUGUACCAUAUAUACAUCAUAGCAAAUACUUUAUAUUUGAGAAUCUUUACAGCUUACAUUUCCAUUCCAUUAUUACAAGUGGUGAGAAACAAGAAUUGCAAGUAGCAUGCAAAUUAUAAUACAGUCUUCCCACUUCACCAACAACAUCCCCACUUUCGAGUGUUAUUUCCCAAUUUUUGCAGGAACUGCCUGCAAAGCUGAAACUGAUUAGAAAAAUUCUUUAUACUUUAAAAUAUCUCUUUCUCCUUUUAUGAGAAGCCAAAUAGCCAACCAUCAAAAGUAAAAAUAAAUUGAAUCGUCACAGUCCAUUAGUUAUUGUACUAGGUCCACUUCAUUUGCAGGUGUCCAAAAUAUAAAAUGAAUAAUUCUUUAUCUUCAAAUUCAUCUGUUCUUAAAAUGCUACUUAAAACUUUGGUUGUUUUCCUGUAAUAUAGAAGAAAGACAAUUUAUCAAUUAGACUACCGUUUUCACAACUUAGCUUAUUCAACCAAAUGGUAUGAAUCUACUUCUAUCUAAAUGCAUGUUACUAUAGAAACUAUUAAAGUGACUGGAACUAUCAAAUACACUUGUGUUUCAGGAAACCUGUGUAGUCCAUUCUUAAAAAUAGUAAACUGUAUUCCAAGUCUGUGUUCUAUUCCUGUGGUGCCUAGUUUUAUAAAUGUUGUUAAUGUAUAAAGCAAAAGUAAGCAAUUCUAAUGUAUGUUUACUCAAAAGAAGUUUGUCAAGCUCUUAUUAGCAAAAUAAAGUGUCAAUGAAUUAUUUAAGCCUGAAAUAAAAAGUGAUCAUGCUUUAUGUAUAA